AAUCAAAUAAAAAACAAGACGGUUUCUAUCUGUCUUCCUAACAAUUGAGCAAUUUUCUGUUAUUUUCUCUCUCGACAAACAAUGGAAGCGUUCUUUGAAUCUCGAUCGAGAAGCAACUGGAGUUACGAUACACUCAAGAAUUUCCGUCAGAUUUCUCCCGUCGUUCAAUCUCAUCUCAAAAGGGUUUAUUUGACCUUAUGUUGUGCCCUGGUUGCCUCUGCUUUUGGGGCUUAUCUUCAUAUCUUAUGGAACAUUGGGGGUUACCUCACAUCAUUCGCAUGCUUCGGAACCAUGAUUUGGCUCCUCUCUAUCCCUCCUUAUCAGGAACAAAGGAGAGUUUCCCUUCUGAUGGCAUCUGCAGUGUUCGAAGGGGCUUCAGUUGGUCCUCUGAUUGACUUGGCCAUUCAGAUUGAUCCAAGUGUUUUGGUAGCUGCAUUUGUGGGAACUGCAAUAGCCUUUGCAUGUUUUUCAGGAGCUGCAAUGUUAGCAAAGCGCAGAGAGUACCUUUACCUUGGUGGCUUGCUUUCAUCUGCUGUGUCCAUGCUUCUGUGGUUGCAUCUUGCUUCCUCUAUCUUUGGUGGUAGCGCAGCCUUCUUUAUGUUUGAGAUCUACUUCGGGCUUUUGGUGUUUGUGGGCUACAUGGUAGUGGAUACUCAAGACAUAAUUGAAAAGGCACACUUGGGUGACCUGGACUAUGUUAAGCAUGCCCUUACCCUUUUCACCGACUUUGUUGCCGUAUUCGUCCGCAUUCUGAUAAUUAUGUUGAAAAAUUCAGCUGAGAAGAGCGAGAAGAAGAAGAAGAGGCGUGACUAGAUCAUGCUAAAGCUGAAAGCAGUAGCAGCGGAGGUUUGCUAAUCUGAUAUCAUUUUUCUUUUUUAUCUUUUUCUCUUUUGCCUUGGAAGAUGAAGUUUGUGAUGAAUACAAGUCGUUUUUCUUGCGCUUUGUACUAAAGCACCAUGUUAAUAUGUCAAAAGAAGAUAGGUUUUACUUUCUGCAUCUUUUGAUGGUAUUGAUUAGUACUUGGAAGAGUACAUCAAAUUAAUAACACGUUACUAUGUUUGCA